AUGAGUGCUGAACUGGACAGAUCCACAAACCCUCAGGGCCGCUACCUCUUCUUGAAAGGCAAAAUACAGAACCGCAAAUACACCUUUGCGACACUUUAUGUACCCAACCAAAACCAGGCUCAACAUAUCCGCAUGACCCUCUACAAGCUCUCCUCAUUCACAGAAGGAACACUCAUUGUAGGAGGCGACCUCAACGUCCCCCUACACCCGCUUCUAGACUCCUCAACGGGCCACAGUAGUGUCCCGCAGGGGGCAAUACGGAGCAUCCACACGGCUCUUUGAGGUCUGAGACUGGUGGACUGCUGGAGAGCAACACACCCCGCUGAUAGAGAAUACACCCACUACUCUGCCCUCCACAAACGCUACGAGAGGAUCGAUUAUCUAUUCCUGCAACAAGAGCAGCUUUCGGCACUGCAAUCGACGGAGAUUGGAACUGCCCUAUGGUUGGACCACGGCCCAGUCACACUGGCGAUGGAUUCCCCACAAGUAAGACCCGCAACAUGGACGUGGAGACUACAAGAUUCCCUCCUCCUAGACCUGGAGACACGUGAAAGGGUAUCUGAGGCAUUGACCACGUACUUUGAUCUGAACACGACAGUCGAGCACACGGCAACCACUAUCCUGGAAGCACAUAAGAGCAUCAUCAGGGGCACACUGAUGAGACUAGCUUCCAAAAAAAAAAAGAGAAUCCCGUCAACAGAUGUCUGA